GUGUUCCAGCGCCAGUACACGAUUCUCAACUUGAAGAUGGCAGAACCUAUGGAUGUCAAUGCCCAGGCCAAGAAUGAGUCCCCUGCGCGAAAAAGGGGAAUUCAAGAAGAGCAACCCCUCAGCCUCGAUGCCAUUCGUGAUGUUGUACGAGGGGAAAUUCAGGGCGCAGUGGCAGGCAUGAGUGACAGAGUCGCGGCAUUGGAGAAGAAUCUUCAGCAGCAUAAUGAUCGUAGCUUUCAAGCGGUGGAAACUCUCUCCACCGGACAAGCUGACCAAGGACUUCGCAUUGCAGAAUUGGCAUCAGAUUCUAAGAUUCUGGCUGGAAGAAUCUCGCAGCUCGAGGGCACAGUCAAAACCAUCCAGUCCUCGGGGAGUACGCCCUCUACUACAGAGUCUGGACGUGUGCCGGCACUCGUCAUGGGGGGAUGGUCCCCCGACAGCCCCGCUAGUGACGUCCUGCAAAAGGCCAAUGAGAUGGCUCGGGACUUACAACUGCAAAUCAAUAUGUCGGAGGCUUUUGUACCAGGGGUCCGCAGGGGCUUCGUCCUGAUCCCCUUGACGCCUAAUGAAGGAGAAUCUGAUGAUGCCAUGCGCCAACGCGCCCAGGCUUGCAUUCGUCGGGUCAAUGCGUCCAACAUCCAUUUGGGACGUAAGCCUGACGGUAAUCCAGCAAAGUUAUGGCUUACGGUGAGCCAACCCCCUGAGCGCCGACGCCGUGCAGCUUUGGCAGGAAAGGUCAAGCGUCUCAUCAUCGAAGCAGGUGGUCCCUCCACCUUGCACAGUAUUGAACCGGAGUGGGCCACCGGGACAGUAUGGUUCCGCAACGUGAAGAUCAGCUCCGCAACAUCAGCAGGCCCGCCCGGGUCCACCGCGGCCGGAUGUGGCUGGAUAGACCUCCAGCAGAUUGCUGGCCUCCUCUCGGUCAACAAAGAACAGCUGGAGAAAGCGUGGGAGCCACUCCACGCAGCGCUGAGGUGCGGUCUCAAGACGAAGCCGCCCACCUGCACUUCGCUACCUGGAACCUUGGUGGUCAUAGCCCGGGGGCGCAUUGAUUACAUUGCCACCAGAGGGAUGCGAAUUCUGAAUGCGGAGGCGAUUCUCCCUGUUCCCCAAGGCCCGAAAAGAGAGGUGAUGUGGUGUGCCCGCCAGCUCAACCCAGGAGUUGAUGCCUUGCUCAACACGUUACCCCAAGGGCCGGGGGAUCCGCACUAUCUGAUCUCACAGACUGCUAAGGCGAUCACUCAGCCUGCCAACCGCUCAUCUAAGUUCAGGGAGAGCCCUGCCCUUAAGCAAUUGCGUCGAGAUGCCAAGCACAUACCAGCGGGCCCUGCAUCAAGGCAAGCAUGGAAAGCCAUUUCCAAGAGCCUCCAGCAGGAAAGACGCCAGUGGAAGCAGUCUUUGGCCAACCGUGCAGGCCAGCUUGAUUGGCACGCUCUCAGGUCGCUCAAGCAUAAAGAUGCGAACACCAACUGGGCAGCCCGCCUCCUAGAUGAUCCCUCGUGGUCCGAAAAGCUACAAAAACACAUGGAGUCCAUUUUCACCAAAGCGACACCCUCGCACACUAGGAGUGCUAUGGAACUCCUCGUGAAAGAGACAGAACUCCUAUGUAAGCAAUGCCCCUGGCGUCCGUUCACGGAAGCCGAGAUGCGUGUUACAAUGGCCAAAUGGAAGAACCAUAAAGCUACCGGUCCCGAUGGGAUAGCUUUGGAAGCGUUGCGGGUCAUGUUUGACCACCCACGAUGGCAGCCGAAAUUGAGCGAGCUGCUCAAUGACAGUUUUUAUAGGGGUGCACUGCCCCCUGAAGCCGCGAAAGGUGCCUCCGUGCUUUUACCCAAAUGUGUGCUGCCAGCGAACUGGUCAGAGACCCGGCCAAUCACACUGUCCAGUGCUAUCCUGAAGUGGAUCUCCCAGCUUUUGCUCCAUAGGGGGGUUCCCCUUCUACAAGACACGUGUCAGCGCCAAUGGGCAAGCAAAGGCAAGCAAGGCGUCGAGCUGAUCUUGGCAUUACGUAAACUUGUGCGUGUCGCGCAUGAGUGGAAGACACCGUUCUACGUAGUGAAAAUAGAUAUAGCCAAAGCCUUCGACUCGGUGGCUCAAGAGAAAUUAGGUGAGCUCGUUGUUCGCAAGAUAGCCAGAAAGGGGGGCCUCCCCUGGGAAGCUCGCUUGUGGCUUAGCCUGCUUGAAGCACGAGAGCUUUGCUUCCACGUGCAAAAUAGCCACGUCAGCAUUGACCAAACAAACGGGGUACGGCAGGGAAGCCCCGAUAGCCCGGUUCUUUUUGCGGCCCAGAUAGGAGAGGCUUUGGAUGCAACCUUACAUGCUGUGAAUGGAGGGCACCCUCCGCAUGUAGGUCGUCACAAGGCCCUCGAGCCUCCUCCACAUUCAGGCGCAGCCUUCAUGGAUGACACGUACAUUUGGGGAGAGAGCCCAGAAUACGUCCAGAAGGUUUUAACUGAACUCGAGAAGCGGUUGAGGGUUCUAGGCUUGAGCAUCAACCCUAAAAAGACACAGGUCAUCUCCAACCGCGUUGAUGACCCCUUCCGCUUCCUUAUAGGGGGAGUCCCUGUUAUCCCGGAUGGUCCCAAAGCCCUCAUGACGAUCUUAGGUGCGCCUAUCUCCAUCUCUGGGGAUGUUGCUCCCAUUGUUGCCGAAAUGCAAGGCCGUGCCAGGCGAGCUUUCCAUGCCCAUAAGAAGAUUCUGUGCUCCAACGCACCCAUUAAAGAACGACUUCUCAUGCACCAAUGCCUCGUACGCAGUGCAGCUUUGUGGGGCUGUCCGGCAUGGCCUGUCAAUGCAGCGCUCCUGCAGGCAGCAAAUAGCACGCAACUCUUACAAGUCCGCACCAUGCUUACGGGGAAGCGAGCCCCGACAGAAAGCUGGCCAGAGUGGAACGUGGUCUUCGCAUGCCCUCCAGAUGCAGUGGAGCCUAUGGGGGCACAUAGGCCGUGGAGAGAUCUCACCUGGUGGCGCGACCAACAGAGCCUGCCCCCUGGACCAGCUCCAAAAGGGGUGCGACAUAUUGGCCAUCACGACCCUGACAGAGAUCCUGAGCGUCAAAUCGGAUCUGUUGCAGGGCUGCAGUGGUGGACACUCGCCUCGAACCGAAGCGCAUGGCAGCAGGCUGAGAAAGCCUUUCUUGAGAAGUACGACCCUCCAUGGGCAAGUGGCCGCCAGCUGGUCCUGCCUGGGGACCAGAUCAGUCACAAGCAGCUGUUCCUCCGUGAAUCUGCAAUCGAACCCUUCCUGCAGCAUUCCAUCCGCACCCUUUUUCAGCGAGGCAAUGCCGGCUCAAGAGUUUGGUCCUCUCAGCUAAUGGACCCCGCUAGUGACAUUCUGUGCCAUGGCCCCUCUAACACACUAGCAGCCUGUCAAUUACUGGCGCAGACUCUUGCUGAGGGUUUUGACAAGCGUUCGCUUAAGCUGGGUCUUUACGUUCGUGUCAGCUGUGGACUUCACGAACACACGCGCUUGUACGCCGACACUACCAAGCUUCUCGCCUCUUUGCUGAGGGAGCAGUUCCCAGGGAGUCCCUUCCUCGCGAUGGCAAUCCUCUGGGAUCCCGACUUUCCCUUACACCGUGAUCAACAGAAUGACUGGCUCCCGAAUCUGAUCUUUGAGUUGCAGUCUUGCCCGCAAGGGGGCACGUGGAUCGAAAACCCUGAAGGAACUGCUGCCCUGGAAAUGCCAACGGGCGACUUAGUCUGGGGAACCAUCCUCCGAGGGUGGAGAAGCACCCCGUCUGCUACCAUGGAAGUACUGAGAGCUUUGGGCUUCGUUCUGCCAACAGUGGAAGACAGCCGCAGAGCGCAGCUGAGCACGUGGAGAGGGUCUGCACUGAUCCAGUGCCAGGCUUUCACACCCAUGCCAUGCCCCACUCCGCUUCGUUGCAUGGCUCAGGUGAGGGCACUGCCCUUCAACUUAGGAAGGAUCCUCUUUCUUCUGAUCAUUUCGUUGCUGUACGGCCUGUUCUGGCAAGGGAGUGCUGGGCCCAAGCCUGCAUCUACAACAGAGGUCAUCUAUGUCGAGUCCAGUGAUGACAGUGCUACAGAUGAUGAUGUGCCGUUAGCCCCACCGGAAGAGGAAGACAUACACGGCGAGCACACGGAGAUGACCGCCGAGCAAGGGGGGGUACCCCUGCAGCCAGAGACCCUAACAAUGGCCGUCGAGGAGGUCGUGAACCUCCCUGUCACCCACCACGUGGAGCUCCACCCACUCUGUGAGCCACAGGCUAGUUGCGACCCCCCACCAAAGGCGAACUUGGGCAACACUCAGGACUUCCUCACGGGCAUGGUUAUCCUCAAGGUCAUCAACCUUACCUUCAACCACAUGAGCCGUGCCAAAGCACAGGAAACUCAGCAACACAUGUCAAUGGACACUUGGUCGGCCUGGGAUGAUGUUGCAGACGCGUCGCAGCCAGCACAGGGGAUGACCGCGCCUACUACCGGGUCGGCCUCUACCUUUAGACUGGGAUAUGCCACCACCUAUGACCCGGCAGCGGACCCCUGGCAUGAAGAAGGCCAACUCGGCACAGACGAAUUCCAGCACAACCCCAUGGCGCCAUAUCUACCACCGCCUCAUCGCCCGCACGAUCAACCUGUCCUACAACCAGGCAUGCUACAGCCACCCACCAUGGACCCAUGGCAAACUUUUGCCAGGGAACUGGCAAGCACCGAACCGUUGCUGCCGCCAGACCAAUGGGCGCACAACAACGCGCUUGGGCUACAACCACCUGCAACUGCCGUCCCACAGAUGCCCGCCGACCUCAUGGAGGAUGUCGAGCAAUUCCACCAGGGCCAGGCCGAAGAACCGGAGCCUGAACUCAGCCUAGCUUGUCAAGUUGACCAGCUGCAAGGGGAGGACCUUUCUCAGGGAGAACCGACGGUGCACGCCCCCCCCAAUGACGGUGGCAACACCCCACUAGGACUUCUACCACAACAAGCUCAUGCAGAGGGCGAGGAUGAAGGGCAGCAACCACGCAACUUGGAGCCACUGAUCGAAAAGCCAAUCGAACACAACGCCUCGAACGACUACCCAGAGGAACAGAUGGCGAAUGCAGACACUGAAGAACCAGAAGAACCAGCAGCGGAAGAAGAACUGCAAAGGGACUGGGGCGACAAGCCAGCUUGGUUGUCAUGGCGUGAAGCGCUAGGCUCGCCAAUCUUUUGUCGGCCCACCAAUACAUUCGGGAUGCUUCAGGAGCCAUUAUUCCCCUCGGACCUGGACAGGACCACUAUGACCGACAAGCUACAAAUCCUUAUCGACUACCACCUGAACGAAGAGCCCAAGGACAGGCGGUCUCCCGUGCCGUCGCGAUGGAUCAACCUGCUCAACAAAGCCAGUGGCAACAACAACCACGAGAAGCUGAGCAAGACAAAAGGGGACGCGCCCCCGACCCCGGCGUGCAGGAAGCUCACGGACAGCACCACCGUACAGCUCACAGGACAAGCACCUGGAUGGAACAUAGUGGGGCAUGAGUCGACCAUGCGCUCGUCCAUACGAGUGGGAGAGAUCAGCUUUGACAUUGCAUGGACACCGGGGGCGGGCCCCCCGACGAUUCCGCCAUCGAUCCCCCUGGCCCCGCACAAUGUCCUCACGCUCAAAGGCAGUGCCAUUGGAGCAUGGCGAGGGGCCAGCUCUGGCAUCCGGGGUGUGUAUUACCCUGAGACCCGUGGGGCCAUGGAUAUCCACAACGAGGUUCGAACUUACAUUCGCACGCACCCCGAGGUUUUGGUUAGUGCAGGUCGAAUCAUCGCCUACGGCUGGCCAAGGGGAAUUGCCCCUCUCCGCUGGACAGACAUUUUUUCUCGAGUGGAUGGGCUCGGAAAGAGAGUGGGUAAGACGACCAAGGUUCAGCGGGGAUAUCAAACAGCUCGGUGGGUACUCCACCGUUCGGAAUCAGAGACUAGCUGGCCCAGCGAGGACCCGCCUGCUCCAGAAGCCAUGGACGAUGGAACAGCGCUACUGCAAGUGCCUGGGGGAAUAGAAAAGCUGAGCGGCGUUGCUGACUAUGGCGACACAGAAGAGUACGUGGCCCUCGUGCAACGACCUCCCCUACCACCACCACUACGACCUGAACGACCUGAACGUCAUCCUGCACACGCCAGAGCCGAAGGUGACGAUCCCGCCGAAGCUCACCCAACAGACUGGAUGACGGUGACAUAUAAUUUCCCACAUGGGUUUACGAUGCAAGGCCUCAUGGAGAUCCUGGACAAAAUCCUGGGGGAAAUCCUAGAGCAUAGCUUCAACUUGCAGAGCCAAUACCUCACACACAUGGCAUACCAUGCUGCCUUCUACCUCGACAAACUCGCCGACCUACAUAAAGCUAACCUCGCCGCUGGGGAGAGACCACCAGAACCUUUGGGCCCCAGUGAUUCACAACAAUCGCUGCCUGAGCAUAUGACGGUCUCCUUCCACAUGGCGAACCCCCUCUCGGAGAUCGAAGCUACACUGAGCAAUCUAGCAAAGAACUACGAGGGACUGCCACAUCGGCAUGUGCGAAAGGAGCUUGCGAGGGUCCAAACUAUGCUGGAGGAAAGUCGAGCCAUGCUCAAAAAGUGGGCCAAGGAUCCAAAAGCACCGGGAGCCCUACCCGGUCUAGCGGCAUCUGGCAACGCCAUCGAUGCUGUUGUCUUCGCCAACCUCGCAACCGAAGAAGGUGGUCUUGCUACUAUGGGAGAAGCCAUCGAAGUUGCACACCAAGCCACCCUACGGUGUGCCAACUACAUGGAGGAGUUGGUGCAGUGGCUUCGUGGACGGUUUGCUGAAGAUCCGGGGAGCCCAUCCCCUGUCAACACCGGGGAGCGACCAAGUGGCAGCAACCAGCAACCGGACUUCGGAAGGAAUCCCCGCAAGCCCCUGGCUCGUAGUGGGGAACACAUGGAACAGCAAGGGGGUGAACAGCCCCAUCCCAAACAAGCGCGCAUCUCAUUGGAACCUCGCCGACCAUGUCACGAUGCUGGAGACACGAAUGGCAGCCGACCUCUACCUGCACUCCCUCGAGCUCAUGCAGGUUGCGACCCCGAACACCGAGGAGUACCACGCUGGAUCGGGGAGCUGCCCCCCGAAACGGAAGGAGCACAGCAGGCGGAAGCAACGCCUUACCAGAUCCUCAGAGCCCAACAAAUCAUCGAAAGGCUCAUGCCUUUCCUGGAGCAAGAAGCAGCAGCGAUGUUACAAGAUGCCCAUUCCAUGCUAUUCCAGUGGACUUCAGCACUCUGGGGGGAACCAGUUAUGCUCACAGUUGCGGGCAGAGAUGAAGGAGGUGGAGGCCUCCCCUCCGCAGAACAGCUUGAAGAAGGAAGGGACAGUGAUGGCGACUCAUGCGUGGCCACUGUUCCCUUCUCGCCGCCGCCGCUGGAUGCCCGUGACCCCAACGAUGAUGAUGAACAACGCGGCCCCGCGGGGGUUACCUCGCCUACUGAGUCAGAUGGACUGAGUGGGGAAUCCCACCGACGCCGCCGCAUGCAUGGCUCCUUUGCCGACGAAUACUGA